UGCAUGUUUGAAUCUUCUUCAGCAACUCAUCGGCAGAGUGCAGAAUGUCAUGGGGGAUGUUCAGUCAUACUAUCAGAUGAUAUUUGACUCUGCGGACCGGUCUGUGGCAGAACCGUUCAAAGACUUCCUGAAGAAAGAUGUCAAGCCGCUCCGCGAUGCGAAGAAGCUCUUUGAUCAUGUGUCGUCUGACCUGGACAAUGCAAUAUCACGGAAUUCCUCUAUUCCCAAGACCAAGCAGCAAGAGGCAUCAGAUGCUGAAGGCCUCGUGGACUCCAUACAGCAGGCUUUCAAGGACACGGCACUGGAAUAUGCUUUCAAGCUGAACGUGUUCCAGUCGAACAAGCGAUUACGAAUACUUGAGAAGAUCCUGUCAUUCUCUCGUGCCAACUUCACCCUCUUCCACCAAGGCUAUGACCAACUCAAAGACAUGGACCCGUCCAUUCGUGACCUGGACAAUCGGAUUGGAGCAUUGACUGAAGCCGCUGAGGAAGAGAGAACCACCAUGGAAGACCGACACUCCAUUGUUGCUCAGCAGCAAAGCAGCCGAUCGGAGAUGAUCAAGCGGUCGCACCGCCAGAGCAUGUCUUUUGCUCCUGGGACGGUCGUGAUCGAAGGCUAUCUUUUCAAGAAGUCCAAGACCAACAAGUUUCGCAAGUGGAGUCGCCGCUUUUUCUGGAUCCAGGACAGUCGUCUGCAGUAUCAGCAUCGCACAGGGUCUGACUGUGACGUCACUGUCGUGGCAGAAGACCUGCGCCUCUGCAACGUGAAGCCCGUGGAGGAAGGAGAGAGACGCUUCUGCUUUGAAGUAACAACACCUACAAAGAGUUGUGUAUUGCAAGCGGACAGCCAAGCAGUGAUGGGUUCAUGGAUGGAAGCCAUUCAGGUUGGUGUUGCACGUGCGCUAAAGGAUAGUGACAUCGCCGGAGAGGAGGUUCAUACCGAGAGAAACAGUGUGCGGACGAGUCGUGAUGAAGUCCUUGGUGCACGUGGCAAUGAUCAAUGUGCUGAUUGUGGUGCCAGCGACCCGACGUGGGCCAGCAUCAACCUUGCCAUCACCCUCUGCAUCGACUGCUCUGGAAUUCACCGUGGCCUGGGAGUGCAUGUGUCCAAAGUACGAUCACUCACAUUGGAUGAGCUCGACCCGGAGAGUGUCCAACUUAUGCGUAUGGUCGGCAACGACACUGCCAACUCCCUGCUGCUCUACUCUGUACCUUCUGAUUGGGAUAAGCACCGGAUAUCAUCUCAAUCCACCAAAGAAGAGCGUAAGAAGUGGAUCAAUGCCAAAUAUGUAGAGCAUGCCUUUUCAAUACCCACUUCAAUGUCACUACCGGAUAACACGCCAACGCGUGAGUGCAUGUCAUCGGCUUCCUCUGAGACCGACGAUGAUGAAAGUGGCUCCACUCUACCUGAGUCGAAUGAUCGUGAACUAGGCAUGUCCGCAUCUCCAUCUGCUGAUGAGGCGGUAGUAGAAGAUGGUGACGAAGUCAUUGAAUCACCGCUGCCUCGCUCAUCAGUGCUACAAAUGCCCUCGUCACCUGUCGCCCAUGGAUUGUCGCCACUGAGGAAAACCGUGCCAAGAGUCACUGAGAAGGAGCCUACUGAGAUGCUGUUCUCGCAUGCAAAGAAAGGAAAUACUCACGGUGUGUUUGGAUGUCUAACACAAGGCGCUGUCGUGAACUGGGUGAACCGCUCGGCCAAUGGCCAGUCAGCGCUCCAUCAGGCCGUCGUGGCGAAUUCAGUGGAGUGUGCUGAGCUGCUGCUGCAGAAUGGGGCUCUCGUCGACAUGGCCGAUCUAGAUGACCGCACUCCGCUGCAUGUUGCUGCAGCUUCUGGUGAAACAGGCAUGGUGUGUCUGCUACUAAAGCGCGGUGCGCACCAGGGCAUAAAGGACAGAUCUGGCAAGGAAGCUCUAGACCUAGCCUUAGAAGAGCCGUAUGUGGAUAUUGUGACGCUACUUCGCCUGGCCAAACUGAAUGAGGACAGUAAACGGGAAGGCGAUGAUGUGCGAGCUGGCGGAGCUGCGGAUGUUUCGCAUGUGUUCAAGGACAUAGCACAGUUGGCAACGUCAAACGCCGAGGCACGGACCCGCAGUACGACCGACGCUUGUUGAUACUACUGGCGUGCAGUGUCUGUCGGCAAGACACACAGUGUGAUAUUUCUAUUAUAGGCAAAAAUUCACCAUGUUUUCCUAGCCUCUUGAGUGGAUGUCUGCAGAUGUGCCUAAGCAUUGCUAGCUUGGCUUCAGCAUGUGAUUAUUUUCUUCAUUUGGUUUUAGCGUAGGAGGGAUUCAUUUCAUAGCCUUUUUCUAUCUUGCUGGAUUUCUUUGAGAUCUUGGGCUGUAUACAUACUAUUACAUAGGCCAACUUGACUAUUGUUUGGUUUUAUAUCACACACACACACACGCGCGCGCUGACUCCGUAGCAAUGUUCAUUUAGCAUGUAGUAGGUAGUCUCUCUGACAAGUUGCAUCAUUUUCUUUCUGUACUCAAUAGAUUCAAGUACAUACAGUAGACACUCCAUCCUCUAGGCUCAGUACUCUGUCACACACAAGUAGGUUGCCUUUAUUGCUUUGCAAGCACAAUGCACACAUCACACACAUUCUUGCAACACCGAGCUGCAUGUCAAUGCCUUAUUAAAAAAAAGUAACUUGCAACUGCCACAA